AUGCAACCUCUUAACGCCCAUAUCGAGCAAGACGAUCGGGACCCAUUUUUUAAGAAGAGAAACAGAAUUACUAUUAAUUUUUCUUACACACAAUAUGAAUUCUUGCAAGCAAAUCUCCCGGCCAUGCACAUUUCAUUAAACUCAAUUUUGGGGCGAGUAGGGCCAAUAGAACGCCAUGAUUUGGACAAAAUGCAAGUUUUUGUCGCGUCCUUUUGGGAGAGGAAAGCGAGAAUGUUGUGCAAUAAGGGUUGUGGAAGUUCGGAGAUUCUGCCGUCACCGGAGUUGGGACAAGAUUUUUCUCUUUGCGCUGACUGA